AUGCAAGGAGAGAAAACGACCUCGCUGAGUGGUCGGAGUACUGAGGACGAUCAAAGCCCUAGCUCCAACGUGGUCAAGAUCGUUCUCUUUACCCUGACUGGCGCCAUCAUUGCCUUCUUUGGAGCAAUCGCCCUCGUCGGGGCACUUCGAGUAUAUCGCCAUCCAGAACGAUACAUUCCACAAAAUUCAGCUGGCCAGUCGAUGAGAAAUCGAGCGCGAGGAAUCACUCGCGCCAUCCUAGACACCAUUCCUAUUGUCCGAUUUACCGAGAAAACGAAUACUGAACUUGAGUCAGUUGAGCUGGGGAAUGCGAAAAUAGCCAAUCAAAUCCACGAAGAUGUCGCAGGUCAAAUGCCCAAAUGCAGUGGUGACGACUCAAGCAGUGCUACCCUGACAGAAUUGAAUGGCGCUCCUGUCCUCGAUGGAGAAAGAGGUCUGAGGUGCUCAAUCUGCACAGAGGACUUCAGCAUUGGAGAACAGGUCCGACUUUUGCCAUGUUCUCACAAAUACCAUCCUGCAUGCAUCGAUCCCUGGCUGCUGAAUGUGAGCAGCACCUGUCCCCUCUGCCGUAUCGACCUUGACCGCAGCGAGCAAGGGCAGAGUAAUGGUCAGGUCCGAGGUGAAGGCUGA